AUGGCGUCGAGGGGCAGCGCCGCGGGGCUCCAGCGGAGCCGGGCCAGCCCCGCCGCCAGCUUCUCCAUCGCAUCGCGGCUCAGGCCGGCCCCGGGCCGGGCUCCAUCGCCGCCGUGCGGGGCAUCCCCUGGGGACCGGGCAUCCCCCGGGACCGGGCAUCUCCCGGGACCGAGCACCCCCCAGGACCGGGCACCCCCCAGGGCCGGGCAUGCCCCCAGAACCGGGCAUCCCCCCCCGGGAGCGGGCAUCUCCUGGGGACCGGCCCCCCCCCGCAGGCGGAACCCCCCCGGCGGGGGCGGGGGAGGCGGCGGCGGGCGGGGACCCCCGUGCGGGGCAUCCCCUGGGGACCGGGCACCCCCCCAGGGCCGGGCAUCCCCCCAGGGCCGGGCAUCCCCCCAGAACCGGGCAUCCCCCCCCGGGACCGGGCAUCCCCCGCGGGGCCGCUCCAGGGGUGUCUCGGGGGGUGGGGGCGGCUCCGCCCGCGCCCUGGGGUCGGGGGGCUCAGCCCCGGCUCGCCCCGGGGGCCCGGGGGGUCGGGUUUCUCUGAUCGCCGAGGGAAAUGGGGCGGGGGGCGCCGUGGGGACCCUUCCCCAUCCCGUCCCGCUGCUGGAGGCGCGGAGUCACCGGGAGCUGCCGCGGGUCCCAAGCGAGGGCUGCGGGGAGCACAAGGGACCAGCGGGGCACCGGGGGGUCCCCGGUACCGCCCCACACCCCGAUGUCCCGGCCGGGACCCCCGCACAGAUGGCUCCGGGAGAGGGGGUCGGGGGCAUCACAGCCAGGGGGACCCUCGGCAGCGACAGCAGCGUCACCCCGAGCGGGGGCUCCGCACCCUGGGGACUCCCGGCCACCCUGGGCGGGGACACCGGACCCUCGGUCACUCAGCCCGGGGGGCGGAGAAGCCCCGGUCCCACUCCUCAGCCCCGGCCCCCCUCCCCGGUCCUUUGCCGGCUGCGUCCCCACUCCGCUGGAGACUGA